AUCAGCCUUCAGAUCAAGCAGAAUCUCUGGUUUUUAUGAGACUGCAGCUUUCCCACGGUGAAUGUCUCAUUUAAGCCAUAUUACAAUUGCACUACGCCCAGUCCACCUGUUCAUCUGCAGAGGAGGAGGGGAGAUGUUCCUCAGGCCACGGCCGGGUCUCUCAGGCACACUUCUAUUAUCUCUAUUGUUUCCUCUAUUGGUUCACUAGUGUGGGAAAUUGAGGCAUGCAAAAGACUUGCUUAUCAGCCAGAGGCUUGUGCUUAUAAAUACAGAUGAGUGCUGGCAGGAGACUUAACAUUCACCCUUGGCCACAGCACUAACACCAGCUCUUAUAGACUCUCUCCAUUAAGAAUGGCUCCCAGUCUGCAGAUGUUGCCAGAUGAUACCAAAGCGCAGCUGAAUGACUUGAAAAAAAAUAAGAUAAGAAAGCCAGUGAUUGAGAAGAUGAGAAGAGAUCGCAUCAACCACAGCAUUGAGCAGCUCAGGAUACUCCUGGAGAGAAACUUUCAGACUCAUCAUCCCCAUUCCAAGCUAGAGAAGGCGGAUAUACUGGAGAUGGCAGUGAGCUACCUACAGCAACAGAAGAAACAUCAAAUGAACCGUUCCCACCUGCUUCCAGAAAAUGUACAGGACUCCUAUUAUCAAGGCUACUACAUGUGUUUGAAAGAGACAGUGGGCUUUCUGCAUACCCAGGAGAAUGGACAUAUUCAAGAAGAGAAUAAAAACCUAACGUGGAAUGACUCUUGCCUCCCUGCACCCUAUCAAUCACUCUACCAACAGAGAGUCUCUCUUCAAGUCUCUCCAGGCAGUAUGAAAAUAUGGAGGCCUUGGCAGGUUCUAUCUCCUCCUUAAAUUCAAGAAAUACCCAGUUGUACACUGAAGCAAGUGCAAAGGGUAUAACCCUAUUCAUGCAUUCGGUCAUUGUGUACCCCCAUGAAGUAAUAAGGUUAUAGGGUUAUACCCUUUGCACUUGCUCUCUUGCACAACUGUGUUUUCAUUUAACAGUGGGUGCUGAAAACACUGCCCAAAUAUUAGCACCGGAAAAACACACUCCAAGAGGAAUACAGGUGUGAGUCUGGGACAAUAUAUCUGCUAUCUCUGAGUUCCUCAUUGACUGAACAGUGUCAGUUUCAUUUAUUGCAGAUAUGUACAUAUGCUAAGCCAGUUUAUGACUGGUAACAGAUUCCAGUUAUAAGUAAUAAUGUUGGCAAUCUGUGAACUCUAAUGGUGUCGACAUGCUAUUUUGUGGGUCUGUUCUUUUAAAGUUGGAAAUUCUUAAAUGGGUUGAUAGAAAGAAUGAGCUGUAGUGCAUAAUGACAUUUUUAAGUGAUAAGAACUGUCAGACUAAUGGAAUCCUCCUUUGCCUCUGUAUUCCUAUGGCACGAAUGUGGGGCUGCUGUACGUAAAAGAGGAUAGUUAUCAGCCUGUCUGGUACUGCUUCUCUGUGUCUUCUUUCAGCUAUUGCUGUAAUGCAACAUUUACAGACGCUUAGAGAAUUUAGUGGCACACAUAUCCAUAGAAUGUUUCUAUGAAUAGUAAUAAAGCAGAACACAUUGUGUGUCCUUUGCAAAUAGUAGUCAUGAAACAAGCUAAAGCAAUUAAAGCAAGAAAUCAUACAGAAUGUGUGCUUAGACUGUGCCGCCACUGUUUGGUAGCUAAUGUGUCUAUUGUACACUACAAAUGGUGGCUAUCCAGAUAUGAUACAUGGCUUGUGUCAAGAACUGGAGGUUUAUUUCACAUUAACUGUCCUCUUAGUUUUAGCCAUUUCUCUGUGCUUUUUUAUUUUAAAGAAUAUGCGUAAUUUUCCUAAUUCCAUUAAGUACUGAAAUCUUUUUGCAGUAAUGUUAUUCUGAAUAUUCCUUGAGAAAACACCUGCCAAUAAGAAACCUGUGCCCUGUAUUUAUUUGCACUAGAGUAUAGGUUCUAAUGCCACCUUAAAAACAUUAUACUGUGGAAGUCUGGUCCUUAUAUGAUUCUACUUGUACCUUUGUAUGUAAUCCGGAGAGUAGACUGUAUGAAAUGAUGUACCUUCAGUCGGGCCCAUAUAUUCAUUAUGGAAGAGAAUGCCAAGUAGGCUACCAGUAAGCACAGAAAAUCUAAUAUGGAUCAGUUUUAUAGAAAAAUGCCCAAUCCACAAAAUGUAAAAUGCCACACAAAAAUGUUUAUUUCUCUGUAAAUUUGCUUGGGAUAUAAAAUGUAAAUAGCUAAUAUAUAUGUAUCUCAAUAAAAAUAUUUAAUUUAUAAUGAAA